AUGGCGUCCAUUGGCUACAGCUUGGCAGGUACCACAGAUCGACAUGGUUGUGAAUGCGCAGCCGACCCAGAGGACACGCGUUGGUUGGAGGGCUGUGUGACGGAUUAUGCCGAGCAAUCUUGCGGAGAAUACAAGCGAAAUGAGGAUCAUACAUUCCCCUUUGGUGCCCUCCUCCUCGCCGGCUCUGCUGUAGCCUCUCCUCUGUCGGCUCGCGUUGCUCGUCGCCAUGGUAUCACUCGCCCUAACAUGCGCAUCACCACCGACGAACAGGCUGGUGCUGAGCAAGUCAACGGUGACUCUCAGAGCAACAACUGGGGUGGUGCUGUCCUUGUCUCCAGCGGAUUCACCGGCGUUUCCGGCAAAAUCACCGUCCCAACCCCCAAGGUUCCCUCCGGUGGUGAUGACAGCACCCAGUACUGUGCUACUGCCUGGGUCGGUAUCGACGGUGACACCUGCCAGUCCGCUAUUCUCCAGACCGGUGUCGACUUUUGCAUCACUGGCUCUCAGACUAGCUACGAUGCUUGGUACGAGUGGAUCCCCGCUAACUCUAUCGACUUCAACAACUUCAGCUUCGGCGCUGGUGACGAGAUUGAGAUGAGCGUUGUUGCUACCAGCAAGACCUCUGGCAACGCUACCCUUACAAACAACUCCAACGGCCAGUCUGUUACCCACACUUUCAACUCCAACGAGACAGGCAGCACCUUGUGCGAAACCAACGCCGAAUGGAUCGUUGAGGACUUCACCAUCAUCCAGGGUGGCCAGCAGUCUCUUGCUCCUUUCGCCAACUUCGGCAAGGUCACCUUCACCGACUCCACUGCCACCAAGGACGGUUCCUCUGUCGAUGCCACCGGUGCCGACAUCAUCACCCUCGUCGACAAGAGCGGCAACAAGCUUGCUACCACCGAGGUUGAUGGUAGCACCGUCACCGUCACCUACGCCGGUAAUUAAGCUCCUUAAUCUUAUCAUGGAAGGACGCGAAUAUUUGAUUUCUUCAAAACGAUAAUGACCGGGGGGCAAUCAGUUGUAUAUAUCAAUUCAGUGCUCAUUGCACACGCAUGUACCCUGGGCUAUUCAAUGAUACGUUGGCCCAUGUAUAUAAUAGAACUCGGGACAUACGAAGUGGAAAUGAUAUGACUUUUAUGUCAAUUUGAACCUGUACUUUGUAGAUAUCAGACUAAAUUAGAGAUUAAUAAUUGCACUUUUAU